GGACUGCGCACGCGCGGGGGCAGGGCCCGGGCAUUUUGCUGCGUCACCAGCCGCCGCCCGGCCUCACCACCCCUCGUUUGCACGUACGCACGUUCAUUCUCCGUCCUCGCGCCCCUUUUCCUACACUUUCCUCUUCUCCCCGACCGGAGGAGCCGCUCUUUCCGCGCGGUGCAUUCUGGGGCCCGAGGUCGAGCCCGCCGCUGCCGCCGUCGCCUGAGGGAAGCGAGAAGAGGCCGCGACCGGAGAGAAAAAGCGGAGUCGCCACUGGAGAGAAGUCGACUCCCCAGCAGCAGCCGCCGCCAGAGAGGCCCGCCCACCAGUUCGCCCGUCCCCCUGCCCCGUUCACAAUGUGAGUGCGACACCCCGCCGAGGGAAGGUCGCCGAGUGAGGCCGAGGCCGCGUUGGGGGCUCCCUGGAAGCGGCCCCCUAGCCUUUCUCGCAUCGGUGGUGGCAGUCGUUCCUGCCUGGGGGCGGGAGGUCCAGGAUCCUUGUUCCGGUUACCGUUGGCGGGUGGAGGACAUUUUUCCUCCAGAUGUCUGCUUCCCCCACCCCUGAACCGUUCCUUGGCUUCCCCAUGCCGGAAAUCCUACUUUUACCCCUUUGGCUGUCUGGGCUACUCGCCUCUUUCGGUAACUUCACCCUAGGCCUUAAGCUCCCGGUAGCUGCUCGCCAUGCGGCGCCCUGAAGCGUGAACCUUCGUGGGUCGCCUCUCGGCUGCUUGGGCGCUCCGGUUCUGUUGCUUUGUGGUCCCGGGGCCAGGCCCUGAGUCGAGUGCACCUGUGGUGGGUGCCGCCAGGUGCCUGGCGGAGCUCCUGGGAGAGCCCCACGCGGACCUCGCCGUGAGCUGCAGGUACUGCUAGGCAACUAGAAGGAAGCCAUGCCCACGCCGCAACAUACUUCCCUCUCCAGUGUCUGGGUUUCUUGAGUGUGGGUACUUCCAGUCCGCCUCCUAACUCCAGUCUCUUGAAAACACGGGAGGUUGCCAAAACUCAGCCGCUUCCCUGGCAGCGAGGAGGAGUUACCAUUGAGCAGGUAGUUCCGCACGUGUCGACUUUGGAAAGAUACGGACGUUUUCUGUGUUCCAUGUUCAACUUGAGGCAGCCUGCUUCUGCAAAGUGGUACGAUCGAAGGGACUAUGUCUUCAUUGAAUUUUGUGUUGAAGACAGUAAGGAUGUUAAUGUAAAUUUUGAAAAAUCCAAACUUACAUUCAGUUGUCUCGGAGGAAGUGAUAAUUUUAAGCAUUUAAAUGAAAUUGAUCUUUUUCACUGUAUUGAUCCAAAUGAUUCCAAGCAUAAAAGAACGGACAGAUCAAUUUUAUGUUGUUUACGAAAAGGAGAAUCUGGCCAGUCAUGGCCAAGGUUAACAAAAGAAAGGGCAAAGCUUAAUUGGCUUAGUGUCGACUUCAAUAAUUGGAAAGACUGGGAAGAUGAUUCAGAUGAAGACAUGUCUAAUUUUGAUCGUUUCUCUGAGAUGAUGAACAACAUGGGUGGUGAUGAGGAUGUAGAUUUACCAGAAGUAGAUGGAGCAGAUGAUGAUUCACAAGACAGUGAUGAUGAAAAAAUGCCAGAUCUGGAGUAAGGAAUAUUGUCAUCACCUGGAUUUUGAGAAAGAAAAAUAACUUCUCUGCAAGAUUUCAUAAUUGAGAGAAUUCCUGAGUUGAUAGCUCUAAAGGCAGAUAUGCUGUAUUUGCCUACUUUAACCCAUUUUUCAACCUGUUUGUUUUUUAAAAGGCUUCACUAAGGGUUGAUAUGUACCAUUGUAUGGGGCAAUUUUAAGUCAGCUAAGGCAAUAACCUUAUGCAUGAACAUUUCCCAGACUUUCAUGAAGCUGUUGAGGUCCUAGGCAAUUAAUGCAGCAGUUGUGAUAAAUAAAAACAUCUCACCUAAGUCUCCUUUUCUUCAUAACAUAGAUACUGACAUGAUAGGAAGCUCUCAGCUUAGGGAAAGAGAAUAAAUUUUAGAUUAUAGAACAUGGAUUCAAAAGUGACUGGAACAAAUUGGUUGACACCUUACUGGUAACCUGCUAUUCCUCUGGUGUUAUCCUUCAGGAUUGUUCCACUAAAAUUUAUUUUUCAAAAAAUUUACUUCACAUUAUUCUAUGUAAGUGAUGACUUGUCAGUGUUCCAGGUGUAUCUUAGCUAAAACUAGAGAAUGCCCUAACUUAGAUGGUUUUUGAAGCCUAUACAUUUGGUAUUGUUUGACCCUUAAGCUUUUACAUCUCUUAGCAUGGAGGACGAAGAAAGCUGUACAUUGUUGCUUGAGAGUCUGUACAUUUAGUCCAGAUUUGUAUUUGCACUGUCAGUAUGGCAAAUGAGUGAAAAAUGUUUAAUACACUAUUGGAUUUUUUAUUUCCUUUUUUUUGAUUCAGCUUAUACCCAGGCUGAAAACCUCAAUUUAUGUUCAUGACAGUGGGGAUUUUUUUAAAUGUCUACAUUCUUUCUAAUAAACUGUUGGAAGACUUCUUGGCUGUCCUUUUAAGUGUCUGGCUUACUGUAAUUUUUAUGUAUUUACCAUUUACUGGAAUGGAGUUUAUUUGAGGAAGAAUUUGGGAUUAUUCCUCUGUUUGAAAAAAGAGGCUUGCUGUAAUGUAACAGGAAACCUUUUAAAAGUGGAUCUGUAAUAGCAUAUUGUAGAUGCACUUUGCAGCAGUUGGAAAAGAAAGUGUUGUGUGAUUUGAUUGAAAUAAAACUAAAUGUGUUGUCCUCCUAAA